AUGGAGUUGCACUCUCGAGGAGGAAAGCUUGUGUGCCAGGCUGAGGCAAUUGUGCUGGCUCACCUGACUGAUUACGUGCCAGUCGCUGAACCUUUCGAUCGAUGGUCGAUUCUGGAUGGAUUGCAGCUGGCAGACCCUAAUUAUAGCAUUACGAGAUUCAUCGAUAUCAUUCUAGGUGUCGAUGUCUACUCUCAGAUCAUUCAACCCGGUCUGAGGAGGGAGUCGUUGGAUCGACCAAUUGUACAACAAACAUUUUUUGGUUGGAUCCUCUCAGGGAAGAAUCAGACUGAGGGGGUUUCGGAGCAGCUGAUGUCAAGUUUUCAUAUCUCAGCUGAUGAUGAACUGCAUAAUCUAAUAAAAGGGUUCUGGAUACAACAGGAGGAGUUCCUGGAAGUCCCUAACGAAACGGAUUCCAGUGGCGCUGAAUGUGAGGAGUAUUUUCGUUCAACUUGGACGGGAGAUGAGACUGUUAGAUAUGUUGUCAAGCUACCCUUCAAGUGUGCAGUUGGUUUGCUGGGAAACUCUCGUCAUCUCGCCCUGAAGAUGCUGCGUAGAUUGGAUGUGAGAUUCGCUGGGAAUCCUGGACUACGUGAGAAAUAUCAAGAUUUCUUGAAUGAAUACGAAGAGUUGGGUCACAUGUCUCGAGUGGAUCCAGGAGGAGGUGAGUCUUCGGUGAUUUAUUAUCUGCCGCAUCAUCCGCUAGUGAGGAAGACUAGUCUGAUCACCAAGCUCAGGGUGGUCUUCAACGGCUCAGCCAAGUUUUCUUGGAGGUAUUCACUGAACGAUUUGCUCCAUGAGGGCCCAAAGCUACAAGCAGAGAUCUUCAACGUCAUUACUCGGUGGCGAAAGCAUCGUUUCGUGUACUCUGGGGAUUGUUACCAAGAUGUUUCGUCAAAUUUUGGUGCAUCCAGACCAAAAUUUGACGAAAGUCUCUGA